AUGACGUCGCUGCUCGGAGGAUUAAAGAUGGCGGCCACAGGGACACUGCAACUCAGCCGCUUCUCGGCGCGUUUGGUUCUUUUUUUGGCCGGGUUCAGCGUCUUAAACCCGGGAAACUGCGAUGAGCAGGUUCCGCUGAUCCUGUGGACCAGUGAGGGGGUCUCCCUCCCCGCUCAGUCUCCCCCAGCGGCCGGUCAUGUGGUCGGCCCGCAGCAGCUCGCUGGUUACCUGCAGAGAGCUCUGAGGGCCGGCCCGAAGAACGUGGUGCUGUUCCUGCAGGAUAAGAUGAGUGUGGAGGACUUCACACUGUACGGAGGAGCAUUUGGAAACAAACAGGACAGCGUUUUCCCAAAUCUAGAGGAUGCUCUGAUGUCCUCAUCUUCCCCCCUGGUGUUAGCGUCCGUGUCCUGGCCGGCCUCCAGCGCUGUGAUUGGCCAGCUGCAGGACCAGUUGGAGACGUCCCCUCUGUACAUGGAUCCUGAGACUCUGAGCCAGCUGAAACUCAACGCGUCCUCGCCGGCGCUGCUGGUGUUCAGGCUGCCGUACGGCGGCGGUUCUGAUUUGAUGUCUGCCAAAGAGAUUCUCAGUGGAAACGAUGAGCUGAUUGGUCAGGUGUUGAGCACCAUGAAGACGCAGUCUGUCCCGUACACGGCCAUCUACACAGCGCUGCAGCCGUCCAGGGAGGUGGUGUCUCUCUCGAUGGACAGCGGUCUGGGCGGAGGACGUUCCCUCCUGCAGGCCCGAGGACAUCGAGAGAGGGAGCGAGAACGGGAGAGGCAGCGGAAGAUGAAGGAGAAGGCUCAGAUCUACGCUCCGGUGGAGUUUAAGGAGGGGGAGGACACCUGCGUCUUGCUGUGGGCCAGAAGUCUGUCAGUGUCCAUCCUUCGCAGCGGACGCUGGGAGGAACACGACCUGACACCCUCCACCUUCGGGGAGGGCAUCAGCCCCAAACUGCACGGCUCUAGCUGCGACAAAACCAGAGCCAGGUUGGUUCUUAAUUAUGAGAACGUCCUCGGCCACCGCAGCUUCAAACUGAUCUUUGCGAUGAGUCAGCGUCUCUACAAGGUGUCUGCCCGCCGCUGGUUCACUCUAGACGCUGUGGAGCUGGAGUACGAUGGGACAAAAGCCACGUUUAAUGGCAGCAGAAACGUUUAUGCCCCGGCUGAGUACUCGUACCGCUGUGAGUCCGUCACCAGCUUCCGGUGGCCGCUGCUCGUCCCUCGCUCCUCCAAAGACCCAGCCAAUCAGUGGAGGGUCUCGUUCAAAGACUUUCAGAUCCAGGGUUUUAACGUGAGCGGCAGUGAGUUCUCGUAUGCCAGUGACUGUGCAGGCUUCUUCUCUCCUGGGAUCUGGAUGGGUCUGAUGACCAGUCUGCUCAUGGUCCUGGUGCUCACCUAUGGCCUGCACAUGAUCAUGCAGCUCCGCACUAUGGACCGCUUCGAUGACCCCAAGGGCCCGGCCAUCUCUGUGCCCCAAACAGAGUAACACACCUCACUUCACUUUCCAUCAUUCCUCCUUUCUGUCCCUCCAGUGCUUAUCUUACUGCAACUGCUUCCUUUACAUCCCACUUCCUGUUCAUCUGUAGCUGGCUGUUAGACAGAAUAAUUAGUGGUGUUAUCAGAGUGAAGGUUUAGUCAUCGCUGCAUAUUUAUACUUAAAAAGACUGAGACUGAAGAAUCUCAUUUCCAGGUAGCACGAUUUUGUGUUUCAGCGUUGCAUUCGAGUCACAGUGGGAAGCAUCCGUUCCCCAGAAAGUGGUUCAACAAUAAUUAAAUCUGCUCUGUAUACUUAAAGUCUCUUCUAACCUAAAAUAUUAAUCUGAAGAGAUUUUUCCCAAAGAAAAAUCUUUUUCAUCCAAACAAAGAUGGUUCCCAGUGCAUGUCUUUGCUUAAACUUGCUAUAAUCACUCUUUUUUAAAUAGCAAUUUUCAACAACUAUGUGAAAUAAAACGGUCGCAACUUGAGAAACAAAAGAAAUUUCUUAUUGUGCAACAAACUGAAUAUUUCUUUAAAUCCAGUUGGUUAGGAACUCAAUGCUAAGUGUUGAUAAACCAAACUAAACUCUAACAAAUGAAAGACAAACUGCAGCUGGUUUCCAGGGGGAUAAAUACCCCCAAUGAAAGGGAUACAAUUGUACAUACAGGGACAAAAAAUAACUUAUUAAAUUAGUUAUGAAAUGUUAUUUAUUGGUGAAACUAAUGUGUUUACAUUUGUGUUUGUCUGUGAAUAAAAACGUGAAAUGAAGGGAUAUUUUUUGUGUGAUGAUAGAUCAUAUCCAUUUCUUAGUUAACUCCAGUAUUCUUGAGCAAAAGGGACAUUUCAGAUCAUCCUUUUUAUAAAGGCUAAGCAAGACAUGAAAUGACCACUAAAGUACAGCAUUAAUCGUCAGAAAUGUCCAGUUUGUGACAAACAUGAACUUCAGUAACUGUUUUUACACUUGUUUUACUGUCAUAACAUCAACACUAUAUUUAUUACUCAAGUCUUUCCACAACAUAUGUUGAACUGGACUGAAAAAGGCUUAAUGUGAAAUUAUGUUGCUGUUUAUUUUGAUGAUUUGUAGUGAAUAUAAAUGUAGUCCUGUGUCGUGCUGCUGCUGUGACCCCAAUAAAACAUCUGUGGAAAUUAA